AAUUUAAUUCUCGGAUAAUUCGUGCGAAAUUUUCUUGGAUAUUCUCAUCUCAUUUUCAAUUGUCUUUGCAGUUAACUGUGAUUUUAAACGAAGGAUAUCGAGAAAUUGCAAGGAUAUAAGAACAAGCAUGAGAUUGUCGUGGAACACGCGAAUAUCGUUCGGAGUGGGACAUUUUCUAAACGAUUUGACCGCAUCUAUGUGGUUCACUUAUCUCUUAGUCUAUCUGCAAUUCGUCUUGUGUUUCGACACUGGAGUUUCCGGUUUCGUUCUGUUAGUUGGUCAAGUGACAGAUGCCAUAGCAACACCCUUACUAGGAUACGAGACGGACAGUUCUCAUCAUUUAGGAAUAUGCAAAAAAUAUGGAAGAAGAAAAGUAUUAUAUCUUUUCGGUGUUUCUUGCGUAUUAUUUAGCUUUCCAUUUAUAUUCAUCCAGUGUCCAGGAUGUAGUAAUAGUAGUCAAUGGGCUAUGGUGGUCUAUCUGGUUCCUCUAGUGGUAAUCUUUCAAACAGGUUGGGCUGCCGUUCAGGUUUCUCAUCUGGCACUCAUACCGGUCAUCACAGAUGAUUCUUCCGAGAGAGAUUUUCUAAAUGUUAUAAGGAAUGCAUUCGAUGCGGUUGCCGAUUUUAGUGUUUUUACAAUCGCGUGGAUCAUUUUUGUUACUACCGUCAAUGGCCCUACCGAUGCUCUGUCUAUUGCUGAAGAUGAUAAGACCAAAUUUAUGAUUAUUGUUAUGACGAUAAUCUGUAUUGGAUUUUCGACAUGCGUUAUAUUCUACUUGGGAGUGAAGGAAGUAACACCCGUUCAAUCUUCUACCACCUCGAUUGUUCAACGUCGAACAUUAAAUAAUCGGAAAAUAUUCAAGGAAAAAGAAUUUUAUAAAAUAGCUGUUAUAUAUACCACAGCGCGAUUAUUUCAAAACUUUAACUUAGUUUUCAUCCCUCUUUAUUUACAAGAAUCUUUAGGAGCAACUCAGGAUUUUAUAGCUAAAAUACCACUCCUAAUCCAUGUUGCUGGGUUUGCAUCAUCAUUCAUAACGCGUUAUCUUAUGAAGUUCUGCGGAAAGAAGUUAUCAUUAAUAUUUGGUGCAGUGAUUGGUACAGGAGGGUGCACUUGGAUAUAUUUCGGAGAAGGCCCAUCUUUCUGCUCACAGUAUAUAUACGUGGUAGCUAUUCUUCUAGGAAUUGGCUCCAGUAUAUUAGUUGUCACCAGUUUGGCUUUAAUACCGGAUUUUAUUGGACUCGAUACUGAUAUUGGUACUUUCGUGUACGGAGUGAUAAGUUUCUUUGACAAGUUAGCAAACGGAAUUGGUAUAUUAAUUAUACAAUAUUUACACGAUAUAAUGUGUGAUAAAUGCGACUGGUUUUAUCGUCACAUAAUGUCUAUUGGAGUUGGAAGUAUAGGUGUAGCAAUGGUUUUAAUGAUCCUAUUAGAAAUUAAACUAAUACACAGAGAAAAUACUUGCAGAAAACGCUUUAUUGCGGAGAAUAAAUUAAAAAAUGAAUUCGUAAACAACAAAUCGGAGAUACAACCAUUGCUGAGAGAAAAUGGCAUGACUCAUUUUGCAUUACAUAGUUCUGAGUGCUGAAACUUAUUUAUCAAAAUGUGUUUUUAUAUAUAUUUUACUAACUCAACGCAUUAAUCUUUUAUAGAAGAGAAAUUUAGCCAUAAUUACCUAUAGAUAUUUCAACUAUUCUUCUAUAGUAUUCAGUCGGAAUUAACUGAAUAUUCUAAUACACUCUUCUAGAGAAUUCAAUCAGAAUUAACUAGAAUUUCACACUAUUUUUCUAGAGAAUUCAACCACAGCUACCUGUAUCAAGCCAAGUAAUUUUUUGAAUUAAAUUUAAUUCACCUUCAACUUUAAUUCUUUCAAUUGUGGAACGUCAUAAGAAAUCAUAAAAGAUCAUACCUCGAUAUAGUAUUCCCCUGAAUAGCGCCACACCAUAAAGCACCAGUUACUUGCGAAUCGAUCUUCUCUGUGAAUAUAAAAUGGAGAAGACUUCAUUAUCUGUGAAUUAUUAAAUGCAUGAUUUUGCAUUGUUAACAACUUUAUCUAAUCAUAUGAUUUUCGAACCCGAAAUCAUUGUACAAGGUCUCAUUGUUUCAGCUUUAUGAUAGUGCCAUACUCGAUUUAAUACUAAUUACAGGCGAUUCAUCAGCAUUUAUCCGUUCAGAAGGCUUGCGCUUUACGAAGGUGGCGUUAUUUAGAGAGACGAUAUAUCGAGAUUUUAUUGUACAGUACUUUCUAAUUCGU